CAGAUUUUACAAUUGGCCAUGAAUAAAGAUCAUACAUUUUUUAUCUGGAAGCGUUUGGCAUUCCGGAAAGAUAAAAGGAUGAUUGUUGAGAAGUUCAUAAUCAUGAUGAAUAUACAGUUUGAUAUG